UGCUUUACCCACUGGCCUGCUGGUAACCCUUUGGUUGGUUGGUUUCUAAUUUGAGUGCACUGUAUGGCAAGGUCCGCCCACUUUCUGCACCAAAAGCAAGGCGAUACUUUGCAGCUCUGUAAUAUAGCUAGCUCAGGAGAGAGCCGUCAAAACAGAAUGGCUGACAACAGUACAUUGGGCCUUAGUUCCCAUCACGAGGAGUAUGUCAUUGACUACCUGAGGUUUGCCAAGUCUAAAAGGUUACAAUGUUUGGACGCUAUCAAGACGUCCUUCCAAGACCUUGCUGACAGUCGAUUGGUUGAAACUACCCUCACAAAUGACGAGGUUCGAGACAUGCUGGACAGUCUGUGUGGUGUGUUAAAGGCGGACGUGGACUCUGACCUCCUCAACUCCUCCCACACUAACGCCCUCCUACUAAGACAGCUGUUCCAACAAGCUGAGAAAUGGCAUCUCAAACUACAAGCCAACAUUGCUGAGAUCGAGGACAAGGAUCUGUUGGAUGAGGUUGCUCGGCUGGAGCGUGCUCAUGUGACUACCUCCCCCUCACAUCCAUUCAUCCCACGCAAACCCGCACAGCUGGAGCCAAUGAACAGCCUCGGAGGAGAUAGACUACUACAGAUUGAGAUUAAGCGUUUGGAGGAUGAUAAGAAGACACUCAAAGAGAGGCUAAGACAAGUGGAAGCAAUGGUAUCUAGUACACUGGCAGAGAAGGACCAACUGAAAUCCAGCCUGGCCAGUCAGCCCCACCCUCCUCAGCACUCAGAGGAGGUGGAGUCACUCAGACAGGAAGUCAGCAGAUUAUCCACUGCUCUAUCAUCACAGACACCGUCACAGCCAGUGCAGACUGUAGACAACUCAGAAGAGCUGGCUACCAUAUCUCAACACCUCCUCAGGGUACAAGCUGAACUAGAGCAGACAAAGAAAGAGCUGGAGGUCAAGUUCAACUCGACCUCUCAGUAUCAGAACAUGAAGAAGAUGCUCACCACAAAGAACGCUACCAUUACUGAGCUGAGGACUAAACUGAGUCAAUACGAGAGACAGUGACCCGACCACUUAUUAACUAACAUUGCAUGUGAACAACUUUUUGCAGCCAUGUGUUAUUCUGUACAGUACUCCAUUUUAAUUUAUAACUAUGAAGUGCAUUUCAGAGCAAAUAAGAAUGAACAGCCUAGCCUUGU